AUGGUGUCGCUGCUCCCGCCUCAGUCUGACGUCUCGCUGCCGGGCCCCGCCAGGCUGGAGGGCGAGCCCCAAGGGGACCUCAUGCAGGCGCCGGGCCUCCCAGGCUCCCCUGCCACACAGAGUAAGCACGGAGGCUUCAGCUGCUCAUCGUACGUGCCUGACGGCCCCGCGGAGCGGGCACCCUCUCUGCCACCGCACAGCCCCAGCAUCGCCUCUCCCGGCCCCGAGCAAGCCCAGGGCCACUGCCCAGCCGGCCCCGGACCAGGCCCUUUCCGGCUCUCACCUUCAGACAAGUACCCCAGCUUCAGCUUUGAGGAGGGCCCGGCAGGCAGUCCUGGGCGCUUCCUCAAGGGCGGCCAUGUGCCUUUCCACCCCUACAAACGGCAUUUCCAUGAGGACAUCUUUCCCGAGGCCCAGACGGCCCUGGCCCUCGACGGACACUCCUUUAAGACCUCAGGGGCGCUGGAGGCCUUCGAGGAGAUCCCCGUGGAUGUGGGAGAGGCCGAGGCCUUCCUGCCUGGCUUCUCAGCGGAGGCCUGGUGCAACGGGCUUCCCUUCUCCAGCCAGGAGCACGGCCCCCAAGUCCUGGGGUCAGAAGUCAAGGUCAAGCCCCCAGCUCUGGAGAGUAGUCCUGGGAUGUACUGCUACCAGCCCCCCUUGCAGCACAUGUACUGCCCGUCCCAGCCCCCCUUCCACCAGUACCCACCAGGUGGUGGCAGCUACCCUGUACCCUACCUGGGCUCUGCACACUAUCCAUACCAGCGGAUCGCACCCCAGGCCAGCGCCGAUGGGCACCAGCCUCUCUUCCCCAAACCCAUCUAUUCCUACAGCAUCCUCAUCUUCAUGGCCCUAAAGAACAGUAAAACCGGGAGCCUUCCUGUCAGCGAGAUCUACAAUUUUAUGACGGAACACUUUCCUUACUUCAAGACGGCGCCUGAUGGCUGGAAGAAUUCUGUCCGCCACAACCUAUCACUCAAUAAGUGCUUCGAGAAGGUGGAGAACAAAUCGGGAAGCUCCUCUCGCAAGGGCUGCCUGUGGGCCCUCAAUCCUGCCAAGGUUGACAAGAUGCAGGAGGAGCUGCAGAAGUGGAAGAGGAAGGACCCCAUCGCUGUGCGCAAAAGCAUGGCCAAGCCAGAAGAGCUGGACAGCCUCAUUGGAGACAAGAGAGAGAAGCUGGGCUCCCAGCUGCUGAGCUGCCCACCCCCUGGGCUGGCAGGCUCGGGCCCCAUCCGGCCCCUGGCACCCCCCACCGGGCUCUCCCAGCCACUGCACUCCCUGCACCCAGCUCCGAGCCCCAUUCCUGGCAAGAACCCCCUGCAGGACCUACUGGGGGGGCAUGCGCCCUCCUGCUACAGGCAGACAUACUCGCACCUCUCCCCAGGCCUGGCCCCUCCUGGUGCCCCGCAGCCCUUGUUCCCACAGCCAGAUGGGCACCUUGAGGUGCGGGCCCAGCCGGGUGCCCCCCAGGACUCACCUCUGCCGGCCCACACCCCACCCAGUCACAGUGCCAAGCUGCUGGCUGAGCCUUCCCCAGCCAGGACCGUGCAUGACAGCCUGCUGCCCGACGGAGACCUGGGCACCGACCUGGAUGCCAUCAACCCUUCUCUUACCGAUUUUGACCUCCAGGGAAACCUGUGGGAACAGCUGAAAGAUGACAGCUUGGCCCUGGACCCCCUGGUACUGGUGGCCUCAUCCCCAACAUCGUCUUCGAUGCCACCACCCCCACCACCACCCCAGUGCUUCCCCCCUGGGCCCUGUCUGGCAGAGACGGGCAACGGGGUGGGUGACUUGGCACCACCAGAAAGUGGGGGCUCUGGGGCGCUGGGUGACCUGCACCUCACCACCCUCUACUCGGCCUUCAUGGAGCUGGAGCCCACACCCCCCACAGCCCCUGCGGGCCCCUCCGUGUACCUCAGCCCCAGCUCCAAGCCCAUGGCCCUGGCCUGA